CAAAGCCACCUCCUAUUUAUAAACUUUAGUUGUAUCUUUGGAACACGAUUGGUUCAAGGCAUUGACGCAAAGUGCUAAUAUCUUGCAGCGAUUGGUCCAGGCGUCUGUCAUGACGUAUCAGUCAAAGUGAUGGGCCAAUCACAGCCGGUAUUUGAGUCUUUGUUCCUCCCGCUUUCUGGCUGACGCAGAGGGUCAUGUGUUGUUUGUGCUGUGGCCCGUAGAGAUGUGUACAGGAGUAGAAGGGAACGGAUUGCUAAAGGAGCUAGCUGGAUCCUCCCGGUUACAGAAGCAAGGCUGAGCGUGGCCAUGUUCUACACGGUAGGCUUUAUUUCGUGAUAAAAGCCAACAGUGGAGUGUAUUCGUCGCCGAAAAGAGUCGAAAAGACGUGUUUUGUUCAGGCGUAGUAACAAAGCCGGUGUGUGAGGAUUGCAAUUCUGAGCCGUACGAGUCACCGUUAGCUGGCCUAGCCGGACUCGGGAGCUUCGUCUCCCAAAACAAGAAUGGGGUCUGAGUCCACUCGGAUUAGCCUGCUACUAAAGUGACCUUUGCUUAUAUUCCCUGAUGGCUAACUUCACGAAUUACCAGGAGGGUAAGGCGGCUAUGUUGAUGGUGGAGCCUCAGCAGAGGGACGUGGGGACGAGUCCUGCGGCCGCCAAAGCAAACGGAGACAGCUCAGUCGGGGAACCCCCUUCCCCGUUAAUUAAUAUCGGCGGCGGCGGAGGAGGCUCUCGUUUUCACCAACAUUUGCCGCCCCCCAAUCACCUUCACCACCACCAAAACCUCAGCCUCGACUCGCCAAAGGAUCAACAGCAGCACCAUCACUACCAGCUGGCCCCACAGCAGCAUCUUUCCGGGGAAAACACCACCGAGUCCCCGGGCAGAAAAGCCUCCUCCUCCUCUUCUAUCAGCCAGGUACACACAGCCGAGGACCCCGCCGCUAGCGGCAGCGGCAGCAGCCAUGUAUACGCCGCUGUGACCGUCGCUAACAGCUCGGAAGUCGUGGAUGAUAUUCGAAAGUGCGGUUAUUUGAGAAAGCAGAAACACGGACACAAGCGGUUUUUCGUGCUCCGGGCUGCCAGCCAUCUGGGGCCGAGUCGUCUGGAAUACUACGACAGCGAGAAGAAAUUCAGAAACAGCCUGCGCACCGCUGCCGCCGCUAGCGGAGGAGCGGUGGCCGCUUCGCCUCCGAAGAGGGUUAUUUACCUCUACCAGUGUUUCACAGUGAACAAAAGGGCGGACUCUAAAAACAAACACCUCAUUGCCCUGUACACCAAGGACGAAUAUUUUGCUAUUGUGGCUGAAAACGAGACGGAGCAGGAGGACUGGUAUGUGGCCAUCAGUGAGUUAAUGAGUGAGGGGAAGAGGGGGCACGUGGACUCUGAUGAUUUAGAUGAUGGCUAUGGUACAGUCAGCCCUGGGACUGUGUUUAAGGAGGUUUGGCAGGUUAAUGUUAAACCUAAAGGACUGGGUCAAACUAAAAACCUCACAGGUGUUUAUCGGCUAUGCCUGUCUACUAAAACCAUUCACCUCGUUAAACUGAACUCUGAAACCCCCUGCGUUAACCUCCAGCUGAUGAACAUCAGGCGCUGUGGACACUCUGAGAGCUUCUUCUUCAUAGAGGUGGGCCGCUCCUCCUCCAUCGGGCCUGGGGAAAUAUGGAUGCAGGUGGACGACUCGGUGGUGGCCCAGAACAUGCACGAGACCAUCCUGGAAACAAUGAAAGCCCUGAAAGCUUUUGCAGAAUUCCGGCCGAGGAGCAAAAGCCAAUCUUCAGGCUCCAACCCCAUGUCGUUCAUCACCACGCGACGCCACCUGGGUAACCUGCCUCCAAGUCAGACGGGGUUGCAGCGGCGGUCGAGGACGGAGUCUGUAGUCGGCACGCCACCCUCUAGUAAAAGUUCCGGGGCGAGCGGCUAUCGCUUCCGCACAUCUAGCGAAGGUGAGGGGACGAUGAAUCGGCCAUUUCGCUCUGCCACGGGAAGCCUGGUCCACCUCAACGCAGCCCGUGUUCCCCAUGGCCGUCAGGACAGCGGCGGGAGUGGCAGCAGCUGGAGUGGUGUUGCAACAGGAAAUGCUGGCACGAGCACUACCAGCAACCGCUAUGUCAGAGCUAUCCCCUCCACCUGUCACGCCCGCUCAGCCUCACUUCCCGUCUCCCACUUCCCUUCGACCACCAGCCCAGUCAGUGUUUCCUCCAGCAGCGGCCAUGGCUCUGUUUCUGACACGCUCACCCGCCCAUCAAGCGCCUCUAUAUGUGGCUCCCCAUCCGAUGGAGGCUUUAACUCCUCUGAUGAGUACGGCUCCAGUCCCGGUGACUUCCGGUACUUCCGGGUGAGGAGCAACACGCCGGAUUCUCUGGGCAACACCCCACCAAUCAGAGAGGAAAACUGCCUCAACGAUUACAUGGCCAUGGGCUGGAACCGGGACGUUUUCGGCACCAGUGUGGGCUCUGGAAACAACAGUGGAUGUGAGACACCACGUGAUGAGAGUACCUCAACGACCGAGGAUGAGCGCUUUUCUUCCUCAUCACUGAGGAGGAGGACGCACUCCUUCUCCAGAGCAGCUGCCGGUGUGACCGGAGCCUCCGGAGUAGCUACUUAUCAGAAAAUGACCCAGACGAACCUCUCGCUGGAUGAGGGGUCAGACGUAGUGCUGCCAUUUGGGAGCGGGCUGCUCCGUGGUGGGCCGUCCUCUUCCUCUUCCUCACUUCGCUCCGACUACAGCUCAUGCUCCGAACAUAGUCAGCAGAGCCGUCCCUCGACACUCUCCAGGUCGGAGGCCGGAGCCGAACGCCCCCCUCUUUCUUCCUCCUCUUCUGCCAAGGAAGACAGCGGCUACAUGCCCAUGAUGUGUGGUGUGGCAAUGGCGUCGCCGCGGGACACUCCUCCUGACUACAUGCCUAUGCAACCCUCUUCUUACUCCUACCAGAUCUCCCACUCACCCCAGUUCCACAGCCCAGCUCUAGGGACGCGCUCAGCCCACCAUCACCCACAAUCUUCCACGGACUCUCACGGCUACAUGAUGAUGCUCCCAGGGAGCAGUGGCACCUCUCCUUCUCCUCUCCAGGCCUCUUCCAGUGGUCCUGGAGCUGCUGGUGUUGGUGGAAGUAACAGCAUGGCUGAGAAACCUGAAAACGGAGAAUAUAUGGACAUGUCCUACAGCGGCUGUGGUCGCAAGCUCCCAGGUGAAGACAGCAGUGUGUAUUACACACCAGGAACACCCGAGGGGCCCCUGAAGUCUUACAGUCCUUACUUCUCUCUCCCCCGCUCUUAUAAGGCCCCCAACAGGGAGAGGGAAGAGAGAGAGGAUGGGGAAUACGUACCCAUGAGUUCCCCUGCCAAACCAGUGUAUUCGUCAGUUGCAACUGCUUCAAUGUUGGUGCCAGAAAAAAGAAUAGGAGGGGGCAGCAACACCUCCACUCCCUCCCACCCACCUCCUCCCUAUGGAGCUCACCAUACAACUGCGGCAAUGGCUGACCGACGGGUCAUGAGACCUACCCGCCUUCCUUUAGGCAGGAGGAGUUUCAAUGGCCCGCUGCGGGUCGGCGAGCCCGCCACAGAGACCCCGUGUGCUACAAGGUCUGUCCCAGUCACCAGCGUCCCACGCGAAGGCCCCUCAAGUCCCGGAGAGUAUAUCAAUAUUGAGUUUGGAGAACACUUCCCUCACCAACAGCAGCCCCCUCCCUAUCCCUUGUCCACUCAAGAUGAAGCCCCCUCCCUGGUAUCCAGUGACGCUUGCUGCUCUCCUCCCCAAGACUACAUGAGCGUGGAGGUCGGGUCGGACCAGCAUGAUGCCACUGCGUGUCUGGGUAAGAACCAGUCCCCCAGGCCCAGCCUUGUUGCUCCUUGGAACCCGCCCAGCUACAUCCGACCUCUGGUUAACAGCUCUGGGGUCGCCGGUUCAGGCGGUCACUGGAGGUCGGUAGGAGACGAUUACACGGACAUGUCAUUCAACCUCAGCAGAGGUGAGAGGACUCAAAGCCCCACAGCGAUGCUGCAGCAUCUUUGCGUCGUAGAGGGACGCUAUGGUCACCCUGCCUCCACCACCUCCUCGUCUACCAUUUCCCCACCUCACCCUCCUUCGACCCAACAGUCGGAGCCCAAGGUGGUGCGAGCGGACCCCCAAGGCAGGAGGAGACACAGCUCAGAAACGUUCUCCUCCAGCUCAUCCUCUAACUCAACGCCUUCGUCCUCAGCCACCCAUCCGUCUCUGUCCAACCCCUCGGCCCCGAAUGCCAAUGGAUCCUACCAGACGGAGGGACAGACCUCCAGGUGGGCCAGCUCGGCGUCUUUCGACAGCGUGUGGAUGUCCUUGGCGGGCGCAGGAGACUCGCCAGUUCACCACUCCCAGGUGAGAAAUGCAGAAACUGACGCCAUGUCCGGGAACAUCCCAACGUCCGCCUCCUCGGGGGUUGGCGCCAGCAGAAUGUGCAGGAACACGUCCGUCGGCUACCAGAACGGCCUCAACUACAUCGCCUUGGAGCUGAGGGAAGAUGGGAGCAACGCAGGAGCGCCAGGGGCCAGUAGCAGCAGCGGGAAUGCAUCAGUGGCGCCGCCAGGGAUGGUACCUCUGCCAGAGAAUGGAGCCUACGCCAGCAUAGACUUCACCAAAUCGGAUGGAGUCACCACAGCAACCAAGGACUGAGCAGCAGAGGUCCACCGUGUGCCUCCUCCUUCUCUUCCUCCUGCUCCUCGUCAUCUCUGAUCUCGGGGCACUUGACUCUGCCUUUGACCUUUAGCCCCUCCCCACGCCCCGCUCCCCCCUUCCUCCAACAGUGACCUUCGACCUUCAGUCACACUGAGAAGCUGCUUUCAUCUGGUCGCAGACGACAUUUUCAACAUGACAAACCAGAAAAAACGCU